UGGGAUGCUCAUGGGAGCAAAUCACUUCCUGAGUAUUAUAACCAUCCUUUGGCACCUUCACUGGUUGCCAGUUUGCUUCUGGGCUCGCUUCAAAGUGCUGGUUUUGACCUUUAAAACCCUACACAGCGUGAGGCCCGGGUAUCUGUCAGACCUCAUUCAUCCAUAUGAAUCUGCCAGGGCCCUCCAUUUGGUGUCUCAGAUCCUGCUUUCAGCCCUGCCACAAGAUUCAGCUGGUUGGGUCUAGGAAUAGGGCUUUUUCGGUUGUGGCCCCUCGGCUUUCAAAUAGCUCUUGGUACUUGGGAGUAAGCUCCAAUGAACUCAGUGGGACUUACUUUUGAGUAAAGAGGUAUAGGAUUGCACUGCACAUCCUAAUUUCCAGUUGUAUCCAGGCUUUAAGUACAGUAACAGCAUUUGCCCAGGUGUCCCCCCCCCCACCACUCUCUCUCGCUGUUGUUUCCCUACCAUCUGCUUUAGAUUGUAAACUCCUUGGAAGCAAAGACCUCCCUAUGUCCCUUAUAUAAUUUUGUAAGUCACUGUUGGUGACAACAUAACAAUAAUUGAUCAAUCAAUCAUGUAUUAUUAUGUGCAAUUAAUCCACUUUCAUUGAUGUGAUGUAGUGCGAACGAAAGACCUUAUUUCUGACGCAGCAGCUCAUUCUCAAAUUGGCAACGCGCUUUAGCAUAAUGCAGUAGUAAUCCUGCAAGGCUGAAACCGCAACCGCGGGCUUUAAUGCGUUCUUAAAACAAGAAGCCUGAAGCCGUCCCAGAAGCCAGAUUUCUGCUGUUUAUUUAAUUUGUUGUUUUGCUGAGAUCUCCUUACUCGGGACUUUCAGGAAGCGAUGUCUUCACUAAAAUAAUGAUACAAUUAACAUAAUUAGACUAACUUUCCUUUGCAGAAAAAAAACGGGAGGGGGGGUUCCUCCUCUACUCUGCUUUCCAAAGCAGGAUACGUGAAACUCUGGAAUGUGGAAUAUUCAUGAACUGGCUCUCUCAGAUGGUUUAUCAAAUGGGCGAUUUUGGUAUAGUAAAUCUAUGAUCCGCUCCAGGUUUUACGCCAAUCCUGAAAAUCUUGGUGGUCGCGGAGCGGGGGGGGGGGGGGAUGCAAACUGAAAGUAAAAACAGCCUAGCAACAACAAGAAAGAAGAACAGUUAUCAGGGUGAGUAUAUUUUUUUAAAACACACACACACACACAGAGCUAGAUCAAUCUGGUGACGGUCUAGGAUGUUGCAGUGCUAUGAAAGCCGCCUUUGACUGUUGCAUGUUUUAAAGAAUUGGGAAAGAAAGAAAAGACUCCUCAUACACUGAAGUUCCUUUUUUAAAAAAAAAAAUUGCCGUUAUUAAAAUGGCCAUGUAGUUCAGUAGGGGAGGAGGAGAAAGUAAAGAAUAGCAAUAAUAAUAAUAAUAAUAAUUCAUUAAUGCCGCACAAUCACAAAAUGUGUGACCUUUUAAAAUUAAAGUUGGCAACUUAAUUUUUCUGCCCCAACUCCUGUGCUUUUAACAGCAGCCUGAUAAAAGUUAAACAGGCAAUGCUUUUCCUAUUAUUUUACCUCUAUACUAGUACCAACAAUUUUUGCUUGUCAGUUAAAGACACAGGAGCAGUGCCAGGGAAAAGCUCCAAGAAGCCAUUUCCCUCCAGCCGUGAACUUGUAUCCAUGGUUAACAUCAGUGCCAGCACCACUUAACUGCAGUUGAGGCAGGAGAGACAUUUUUGCUCCAGGGAGAGACUGCACAAUCCUGCACAUCUGGACCGACCGACCCAUAGUAACGGCGCAUUUGGUAUUAUAGCCAAGGCUGUGUGUGCUUUGCACUUAAAACAAUAAAUACAAGGCAUCCAAAAUUGUGCCCCACAUAACCCCAAUCUGUGGCCAGGAAAGCUGAAUUCUGUGACUUGACGACGGAAGGAAUGCACUGCCCACAUCCUCUCGAAAGCCUUUCCAUGUUCUCUUUAUCAUGUAAACUACUUGAAUACGGUAUGGCUUUCCAACAAAAUGUUCUCAAAGCGGCUUACACAGAUGGUCCCCCAAGGGGCUCACAAUCUACAAGGGAAACACUAGGAAGGGCCAAUGGAAGAGAUGCUGUGCUCGGUUAAAAAGGGAUAGUUGCUCUUGCCCUGCUGAAUAUUAAAAAGUCACCACUAUCAAGUUAGUAGGGAUAGAGCACUGAGGUUCCCAGCUCCAUUUUCAAUUCAGUAUUAAGUGCACUCUUUCUUUGUUUUUCCCUCUUAAGAGCACAAAGGUCUCUAAAAUAUACCUCUAAACGUUUGUGUUUUGAUUUAGCUGAUGCAUUCAUUGCCAAGAAAUCCUUGGGGCAAGGUGCUGGCUGCAUUGUUGUUCAUAGAAGAUUAGAACUCCACCCAAGCUUGGAUCUCUGCCAUGGAUGGCAUCUCUUCCCCAUCACUGAUGGCCAUGAAGAAGGGUCAGGUCUUCAAGGGAAACCACAGUAGAACCAUGUGUGGAGUGUGCUGAAUAAUUCUGAACAGCCAGUGCAUGCUCUGUAGGCCUGAAUGUAAGGCAUGCAUGCAAUCAGGAAGAAGAGAUUUUGGGCAUCCUGCUUCUGCUUUAUGGCUAUCUUUUUUCUUCUUGUCACUUUCCAGGUGGUCGUAGAACUUGGCAAGUCUGAAAGGGUGAUGACAAAAAGCCCUGUUUCACAAAGCCAUGCACUCGGAGAGCAAGUACGACAGAAAUAUGCAUAUCCACUUGUAAAGAAACCAGAACUCUAUAGCAAGACAAAGCGAAUGCAGAGCAAGGACAGAUAUCCCAUCUUGCUGUGGUGGUCUCCACUUACAGGGGAAACUGGACGGCUUGGCCAGUGUGGACCAGAUGCCUGCUUCUUUACCAUUAACAGGACCUAUCAGCAGCAUCCCAUGACAAAAGCCUUUCUGUUCUAUGGUACUGAUUUCAGCAUAAAUGCCUUACCUUUGCCCCGUAAAGACUACCAUGACUGGGCCCUUUUCCAUGAGGAGUCACCCAAAAACAAUUAUAAGCUCUUUCAGAGACCUGCCAUCACUCUAUUCAACCACACAGCAACCUUUAGCCGCCAUUCACACCUACCACUCACCACCCAGUACCUUGAAAGUAUUGAGGCCUUAAAGUCACGGAGGUACAUGCUUUCUUUGCAAAAAAAGAACAGCUUGAGGAAGAAACUUGCGCCACUUGUUUACAUACAGUCAGACUGCGACCCACCCUCUGACCGGGACAGCUUUGUGAAGGAGCUGAUGGCUCACGUUGAGGUGGACUCCUAUGGAGCUUGCUUACAUAACCGAGAUCUUCCUGAGCAUCUCAGAAAUCCAGCUUCCAUGGACAGCGAUAACUUCUACAAGAUACUUGCUCAGUACAAAUUUGUCCUUGCUUUUGAGAAUGCAGUCUGUGAUGAUUAUAUCACUGAAAAGCUCUGGAGGCCACUGAAGCUGGGAGUGGUACCAGUUUAUUAUGGCUCGCCCAGCGUCACAGACUGGCUUCCGAGUAAUAAGAGUGUGGUUCUUGUGACGGGAUUUUCGCACCCUAAAGACCUGGCACAGUUUAUCAAAACUUUAGAUAGUGAUGACAAGGAAUACCAGGCCUAUCUUGAGUGGAAACUGAAAGGUGUCAUCUCCAAUAAGCGACUGCUUGCUGCUAUCAAGGAACGAACAUGGGGAGUGCAGGACAUCAUGAAGGACAAUUACAUCGAUGCGUUUGAGUGCAUGGUGUGUACCAAAGUGUGGGAAAAUAUCAGGAGACAAGUAAAGGGAAUGUUGCCAAGAAGGUGGAAUGCAGAAGCCAGCCACUUGAGCUGUCCCAGACCUGAAGCUUUUGUUUUUUCUCCUUCUCCAAAUACACACAGAACAGCUCUGCAGGAGAUGUGGAUACCAAGUUUCGAACAGUCUAAGAGAGAAGCUCAUGCACUGAGACAGCUGGUAGAAAGGAACAGAAAUUUCACAGUUCAAGAAUUUUGGACUUUGGUCUUCAGAGAAUAAUUUUAGAUGACAGCAGGCCCUUGACUCAAACUAGGAGAAACAGAAAACAUUCUGUAGAAAGAGCCUGUAACAGAAGCUUUUGUUUGUAGAUUGCCUUAAUGAGAUAGGAAGCAGUUUUUAUGACUGAACGUGCAAUGAGAAAAUCCGUGAAUAUUAAUCAAGGUGAAAAAAAUGCAGUUAGGUCAUCAAGCAAUAUAUAUUUUUAAUACUAAUAUAGUGUAAAUGUACACUAUAAUUUACAUUUGAGUAUUAACUCCAUAAUUUAUGCAGCUGCUCCUGAGCUAGUCCAGAUAUAUGUAAAGAUUUCCACUGAAGUGGUUCAGCUUCCUGGCAUGUUUCCAAACCACACAAGCCAUGGAACUCCCAAAGAUCUGGGCAUCGUUUAUGUCAUUUGUAAACAUGUCAGGAAUCUGAACCAUGUGUCCAAAAGUCACAAGAACAUAGGCUCUGGCAAUAUCAGAUAUCAGAAUCUGAAUUCUGACUUAAAUUUGAAUUUCCCCCCCAUAGUGGUCCAUGGGGAAAUUUCCCCCCACCCCCCAAAUCACCAGUUGGCCCUAGAGCCUUGAAACUUGCCACAUGUGUGGAGGAGGAGGUCAGGGCCCCCUGUAGUGGAUUUGAAGUUAAGUGACCAAUCCUCUGAUUUUUGGUGAAUUUUUGAAAUUCUCAUUAAAAAUGGUGAAAUCUGAAGUUCUGGCUUGAAACAAGCCAGUUUUAGCCCUUUUUUCUAUUUUUAGGCCCCCCUGCCAUUCCCCCCAAAUCAGAGGCCUUACCCAUAGCCUUGACAAAAAUAACACAGAGUUCUGCCAAUGUGGACUUCAUGUGUGCCAGAUUUCAUAGCUCAUUCAUUCAGGGCAAAAUGGGCAUGCUGUUACCUCUUUUCAUGAAGGCAAAGGGCAGAUUCCUCCACAUGCUGUUGGAAUAAUGGUCCAAGGUGGGUCUUCAGCUUCAGACGUUUUUGCAAAGUUCUGGCUUGAAACAAGCCAUAUUUUACCAUUUUUAGCCAUUUUAAAAGAAAAAUUUAAAAAUUCACCCAAAAUUGGGAUUGACCCAUAGCUUUGGGAAAAACAGUUUACACAGAGUUCUGCCAAUGUGGACUUCAUGUGUGCCAGAUUUCAUAAUUGCAUGUCCAUCCAUUCCAGAAAUAUAAAAGGGGGCAAAAGGGGCAUGCUGUUACCCUUUUUCAUGAAGGCAUAGGGCAGAUUCCUCCACAUGGUUUUAAAAAAAUAUUUUAGCCUGUCUCAAUGCAAUGCAUAGAGAUUUCUCCCCAGCCCCCUGUGAAUUCUGAUGUCACACAGAGUUCAUUAGGUCACAAACUGUUCUAUAUUUUUGAAUGGGGGAGAAAUUCCUAUUCAUUACAUUGCGACAGGCUAAAAUCUUUUUAAAAUCUAUAAAACAAAAACCAUGAGCCCCACUGGCUUGGGGCUGCUGUGGGGAGUUGUGGUACAAGAUGCCUUGCCCCCAAACCCACUUUGGUGCCUAGGAACCCCCGAGGGGGGCAGUUGGGGCAUUCUCAAAUCCUCACUAUUUCCUAUGGGGGCAAAGCAAAAAAUUGAAAAAAUCUUCAAAAAAAUUAUUAAAAAUCACAGGAAUGUCUGAUGGCUUUGCAGUUCAGUGGGUGGUAGGCACUUCCUAACCCUAACCCACCUUGGUUUUGUGCCCCUAGGUGCUCUGCAUAGGGAAUAAUGGGCCAGUUUGAGUCCCCAUUAUUUCCUAUGGGGAAAAUGUAAAAAUAUUUUUUAAAAUCAUUAAAAAUCACAGGAGUAUCCGAUUGCUUUGUGAUUCAGUGGAUUGUAGGCACUCCUUGGUGCUUACCACCCAGCCCAGUUUUGUGCCCCUAGGUGCUCUGCAUAGGGAUUAAUGGGCCAGUUUGAGUCCACAUUUCCUAUGGGGAAAAUGCAAAAAAUGUAAAAAUCUUCAAAAAAUCAUUAAAUAUUGCAUGAGUGUCUGUUUGCUUUGGGGUUUGGUGGUUGGUAGGCACCCUUUGGUGCCUACCACCCACCCCAGUUUUGUGCCCCUAGAUGCUCUGCAUAGGGAAUAAUGGGCCAGUUCAAUUCCCUAUUAUACCCUAUUUAGAACCUCUUAGAACUGGAUUGAGUUGGGUUUGAAUUCAAACUGAACUGGGGGGGGGGCGCGUUUCGAGCAAAACCAAAACCGAACCUUCCCACCUGGGUUUGAAUUGAGUUCAAAUUUGAACCAAAUAUGCCAAGCCAGUUUUGUGCACACCCCUACUCUGGAGUGGCCAGGCCAGAUAUAAAUAGUAGAACCCUGGCCUUCUACCAUUGCCUGGUGAACAGACAAUGGUGCUCUUGAGUCCAGCUGAAAUUCUAGCACCUGAUUGUAGGGACCUGGGUCAGAGAACACACACUCGAGCUGUCUACAGCCUGUCUCAGAUCCACAACUAACUGAAAUGUGGAAGAUGAAACUUUUCUCUACAAAGCUUGACCUGCUAAAUUUCUGUUUGUCCACCAGCUGUUAAAAACAUAGGAGCCUUAGCAGGAGGGAAAAAAAUCUGGCCCUUGUUUGCAUGUACUGCAAGUUCUUGAUGUUACAUACUCCCAGUACUGCACACAGAAUUAGGGGCACUUAUUAGCACAUGUCUUUAUAGCCCCAAGGCCUAAUGGGUUCCUAUGCCAGAAGAUGGAUACAUGUUUAAACGGCUGGUUGCUUUUGAUGAUCCUUUCUGUGGCAGGUUGUUCUUUCCUUGCACUGGCAGCGUGUUGAGUUGCUUCUGUUAUACCGGUGCAAGUCUGACUUUCAUGAUCAAACAUCCAUUCAGACCAGUGGAUGGGUCAGAGCGCUGUUGUUGCUCAGCAUGUUUGUGCAUCAUCAGUCCCCUCGGCAUCAGCAGUUUGAGUUUAAAUUUGGCAGGCUACCAUUUCCUGAUGCUGAGCACGAAUAUAAAUGCAUUAGCACUUGGCACCCACAUGCUGACAUCCAGAGACAGACUUAAAGUGAAAGCGCUGGUUAAGAUUUACCCAACACCCAGUGUUUAAUAAUGAAAUGCUGUAAGACACUGCAUUCCAAACCCUUGGGACCCUCCCCUCUUCACCAUUGUGUUUCUCCCAGGAUUCAGUAGCAUAUUCCUUCUAUUAGUACAGGCAUUAGAAUUUGCAGACUAGCAAGCAAGGCACAGGCCACCAGACUGGUGUUGUGGGCCAAGGACUUGAUAAACUUCUGAUUUUGCUGCCUGCCUGCGACUGCAAAAAAUAGAGGGCAGGGGAUGUUGUCGACAGGCCCCAAUCUGGUGGCUUGCAUCAGCUUGAUGAGUUACAAGUUAGCAGGCCUGCAUUAAUACAAGUGAAGGGAUACGGGGCAGUGAUUGUAAAUGGGAGAUCUCCUUUUGUUGCCUUUUGAAAGUUAAGAUUGUAGUUUUACUUCAGUGUCUAUAACUCACCAAGACAGUAGAUACCACAACAGGCACUGGUAUGACCUAGAUUUCUUGGAAGGCUGCUUUGAGAUUGGAGUCAGGGCGGAGGGCUAAUUCCCACGUGGCCUGUCAGUUAAGUUCUGUUGCCACAGAUGGGACUCUCCUUGCUUGCCUCUUCUGCCAUCCAGAUGGUGACUGGCCAGCUGGGCAGUACCCUUCACAGGGGUCAGAUGUGGCCCAGAAUCCUCUAUUUGCAAGUCCCUCCUAGAUCGGAAGCUGCCUUAUACUGAGUCAGACCAUUGGUCCAUCUAGCUCAGUAUUGCCUUCACAGACUGGCAGGCAGGAGUCUUUACCAGCCCUACCUGGAGAUGCCAGGGACUGAAACUGGGAGCUUCUGCAUGCAAAGCAGAUGCUCUAUCACCAAGCUACAGCCCUUGCCUAUAGUGCCAUCACAGUUUUUGGAGAUGUAAAGAAAGAUAUAACUAAUUACUAGGACCACUUAAUACAACUCUAGAAAGAAACUUGUCUAGUGCUAUAGUCAACAGGGUUGGCUCCCAAAUAAGUGUACAUAUGAUGCACAUUUAGGAAUAAGCUCAGUUGAAAUCAAUGGGAUUUAAGCAUACUUACAAGCCUUGAUCAUGGCGGUUCUGAUUACUAGUAUAAGUAUACAGCUCCUUCUUUAUUAUUAACCUUUCAGCCUCUCUGAUAUCAUGUGGGAGUGAGUUCCAUAGGUCAGUAACUGUUUGCAUAUGUAUUUUAAGAAUCUUGGUCUUUCAGUUACAGUAUUACUGGUCAACAGGAAUCCAAUAACAUCUGACUAAAAAGAAUGACUUUUGGAAAUAAUAAAAAAUAUUUUGAAAA